AUGACAAUGAAGCCAAGAUUAUUCUUGUUGUUCAUAGCAUUCCUUUCAUUCUUUUCCUCCACCCUCUCAAAUACCAUCCCUUCACAUGGCGUAGACUAUUGGUGCGACAAAACCCCACACCCAGAACCAUGCAAACACUUCAUGAAAAUAAACCGUGAAAACUUUGAGCCCAAACACAGUAAUGACUUCCGUCAGAAGUCGCUACAACUCACCAUGGAACGGGCGAUGAUUGCACAGAGUCAUAACAAGCAUCUCGUUUCAAAAAGCAGAAGUGAGAACGAAAAGGCUGCAUGGACUGACUGUUUAAAGCUAUACGAAGAUACUAUUAUUCAACUCAACAAAACUCUAGACCCCAACACAAAGAGCACCGGUUUCGACCAACAAAUUUGGCUUAGCGCUGCCCUCACCAACAUUGAAACCUGUCGAACGGGAUUCAUCGAGAUGGGCGUUUCGGAUUAUAUGUUGCCACUCAUGUCCAAAAAUGUGUCCCAACUUAUAAGCAACACUUUGUCUCUACACAACGUUUUCUCAAUUAGGCCAGAAACAUACAAAAGUGGGUUUCCAAACUGGGUUAAAGUCGGUGACAGGAAGCUGUUGCAGAGAGCUUACAUUACAGCCGACCUCGUGGUGGCUCAAGAUGGGUCAGGGGAUCAUACGACUAUCCAGGCAGCUCUUGAUGUGGCAGCUGAGAGAAGCAGGAGUGAGAAAUUUAUGAUAUAUAUAAAGAGAGGACUUUAUGAGGAGAAUCUUGAGAUUGGGAACAAUUUGAAAAACAUUAUGUUGGUUGGUGAUGGAUUAAAACACACCAUUAUUAGUGGUAGCAAAAGCUUUGGUUGCUCUGGAGGAGGUUAUAGUACUUUCAACUCUGCAACCGUUGCGGUGACUGGUGAAGGAUUCAUUGCUCGUGGGAUCACAUUCCGCAACACAGCUGGUCCGAAAAAAUGUCAAGCAGUGGCACUCCGAUCAGGCUCCGAUCGCUCAAUCUUCUACAGGUGUGGCUUCGUGGGAUACCAAGACACUCUCUACGUCCAUUCACAAAGACAAUUCUAUAAAAAUUGCCACAUUUAUGGCACAAUUGAUUUCAUUUUCGGAGAUGCAGCAGUUGUUCUACAAAACUGCAUGAUAUUCGCAAGAAGGCCAAUGCAUGGACAAAGUAACGCAAUCACUGCUCAAAGCAGAGCAAACCCUAAUCAAACCACAGGAAUUAUAAUCCAAAACUCACGAGUUAUGGCUGCACCAGACCUGGUACCAGUGCUUAGUAAAGUCAAAACAUUCUUGGGACGGCCAUGGAAAGAGUACUCACGAACAGUUUUUAUGUGCACUUUUCUAGAUACAUUGGUUGAUCCGGCUGGGUGGUUGGAAUGGGAUGGUGAUUUUGGUUUGGAUACUCUGUAUUAUGGUGAGUAUAACAACUUUGGACCGGGUGCAUCAACUAGCGGGAGAGUAAAGUGGGGUGGUUACAGGGUGAUAAAUAGUUCGACUGAAGCGUCAAUGUUCACAGUUGAAAACUUCAUAUCCAGGGACCUAUGGUUGCCAGACACUGGGGUGCCGUUCACCGCUGGCCUUUAUUGA